GCCUGGUGAGUGCCUGGCAAGGAGUGACAAAACUGACGCUAGCUCAUCGUCUAUUUUGAACUUUUUCGAGAUGUCUGGAAGCGACUCUGAACGAGGUUCCAUUGAUAAUCCGGUGAAGUUCAAGGAUCAAGACUAUGACAGUCUACUGGAAAAGUGUCUCAAAUCUGGCGUUCUGUUCUCAGACCCAAUUUUUGCAGCGAAUCAAACCUCUCUCGGUAUGCCAGUGGAUCCUGAUCCGAAAAAGGCAGUCAAGUGGCUGCGACCAAAGGAAAUCACAAGCAAUGCUGUCUUUGUUGAGGGCACCAUGGGCAGCACCGAUAUCUGCCAGGGCCAGCUGGGUAACUGCUGGCUGCUGGCUGCCCUGUCCUGUCUCACCAUGCACCCUACGCUGUUUGUCAAAGUGGUUCCAUCUGGACAGAGCCUGAGUGAAUCCUAUGCUGGCAUCUUCCAUUUCAAGUUCUGGCAGUAUGGUGAGUGGGUGGAGGUGGUAGUGGAUGACAAGCUGCCUGUGAGAGAGGGCCGUCUGCUUUUCAGCUACUCUCGCACCUCCAACGAGUUCUGGAGCGCCCUGGUGGAGAAAGCUUAUGCUAAGAUCAUUGGUUCCUAUGGCAGUCUGAAGGGGGGAAUUAUCUCAGAGGGAAUGGAGGACUUCACGGGGGGUAUUGCCUGCUCCCUCCCUGUGUCUUCCCGGCCCCCACGCAUGCUUUGGAGAGCCAUUACUGCUGCCCUGGCCAGGAGUAGCCUAAUUAGCUGCUUUAUACAAGCUACGAGUGUGAAGGACAUUGGCACUGUGACAUCAGAUGGUCUAAUUAAAGGCCAUGCCUAUGCCAUUACUAACUCAAAUAAGGUCCAGAAGGGCUCAGAUGAAGUCUUGCUGGUGAGGUUGCGAAAUCCCUGGGGGUUUGUUGAGUACUGUGGACCCUGGAGUGACAAGUGUAAAGACUGGGACUUUAUAGACAAUGCUCAAAAGACCAGGCUUGAGUUGGCCAAAGUUGAAGAUGGAGAAUUCUGGAUUGGAAUAGAGGACUUUUGUCGACUGUUUAAUACAGUGGAAAUGUGCAGUGUCAACCCAGACUCUAUGACGGGGGAGACGAGUGAUGACACAACCACACCCUCUUGGACCCUGAGCACGCAUCAGGGCACGUGGGUCCCCAUGUGUUCUGCAGGGGGCAGCCGCCGAUACCCAAGAUCGUUCUGGAAAAACCCUCAGUUCCAGCUGAUUCUGUCUGAGAAAGAUGUGGAUAACUUUGACUAUGGAGAGGAUGAGCAUGAGGAAGAGGAGGGUGAAGGAGAAGAGGAUGAAGAAGGUGGUGGUGUGGUGGCUCCUGUGAUCAAGACGAACAAACCGGGAGAGAAAAAGAAGAAGUCUACAGUACUGGUGGAGCUUCUCCAGAAAAACCGCAGACAGAAAGAUAAAGUCAACUUCCUCUACAUCGCUUUCCACAUCUACAAGAUCCCCCCUGAGCUGCAGAACAUACCAGGUUCUCUGGACCAGCAGUUCUUCUCCAAAAAUCGUGCUGUUAGCCGCUCCGGAAAGUACCGUUGCAUCAGGAGUGUGUGGAGAAAGGUGCACCUUGAGCCUGGCAGUUAUGUCAUCAUGGCCUCCACAUACAGGCCCAACCUGCAGGGGGAGUUCUUCCUCCGCAUUUACACCAAAACCGGCAACAUACAGGGGUUCCAGGAUUUCCCCUGCACCAACAACUACACUGUGACAGUAAUGUCAAAACCAGCCCUACCUGAGGAUCAGUUUAGGGUGCAAAAGUGGUUUGAUGAGAAGGCUGGAUCGGAUGACAGAGUGAAUGCUGUGCAGUUUAUGAAUCUGGUGAAUUCAGUGUUGGAAAAAGACUAUGAGCUUCCACUGGAGACCUGCAGACAGCUCAUUUUUGGAGAGGAUACUGGUGGUAGAGGGCGACUGAACAGAGCUCAAGCAGAGAAGCUGCUCACCUCCCUACGCAAUCUGCAGUCAAUCUUUUUCAAGUUUGAUGAGGAUUCGUCUGGAACUAUGAGCCCGUUUGAACUCAGUUUGGCACUGAAUGCCGCAGGUGUUGAGUGUGACAAUGUUGUGGUUCAGUUGUUGUGGGAGAGGUUUGGCGCAGGUGAACUUUACCUGCCCUUCUUUGGCUUUGUCUCCUGUGUUGCUAGACUACAGGUACUCUUUGAUCUUUAUGAGUCGGAGACUAGCGAAGAGGUGAAGGACAAAGGCAUCAAUGCUUGGCUGCUCAAGCUGUUGGCCGUGUGAAACUGUCCAGACACGACACCUCAGCAGGACAGACCUGCUAGGCCAGGACUACUCUGACGUCAUCCACCAAGGCCUACGUCUCCAUCUCUCUCUGUCUCCUCCUUUAUAUCUCAUCAUUGGACCUUUGCCCUGCAGUUGCACCCACCCACUCACUGUACCAUCAGUAGGUGUCUUUGGACACGUAAGGUCAUUGUUGUCCAUAUACAUAAUGGACUAUCUUAUUUCACACACCUCAUCCCACCCUAACAUCUUUGCACAAUGAUUUUUGCAUGGCUCGUUUUACGUAUCACGGCAGUUUUCUGGUAAAAUGAACACUAGAGGCGCUAAAAUAACAAUGACCUUUAUUCCCUUUCACACAAAUUGUUAUUAAAAAACAAAUUUUCAGUUCAUAAACACUUACUUUUCGCCUUGCUGCUCACACAAUGCUAUCUACUUGUAUGGUGAUACAUUUUAACGUUUGCAUUAUAUUACUAACUACAUAUACAUAUGAAUGUAAUCAAAUUAUUCAGUAGCUCCAAAAAGUGUUUGCUUCAGCAAUUGCUUUUGAAUUUGUUGAUUUUAAAACUUGAUAGAGCAUUAACUGUACAAAAAAUAAAAAUAAAAAAAAAACUCAUCUCACAUUUGCUUUUUAUGACACUAUCAGUUAGGUUUAGGUUUCAGGUUUAGGAUAGGGCAGUAGAGUUUGUUGAUUUAAAACUCGAAAGAGCUUUAACUUUAAAAACUCCAUCUGUUUGGGAGAAAAUGUAACUCUAUUUUAGCACUACUGAGUGGAUCUUUCACAAGCCGCAUGACGCCACAGUCACUAUUUUAUUUUCAUUACAUUUACAUUUACACUUACAUUUAUCCAGUUUCAUUGAACAAUACAUGAUGCUCCUAAUCUUUAAACUGUAAGUGGUUCUCAAAUGGUGGGUCACGACCUACCUUGGAGAGUAGCAAAAAACUAUUUUAAAUGUGAAUAACAAAUAAUAAUAUAUGUAACCAUAUAAUCAUGCAUAGUUAUGAUAGCAAAAUAAAUAGGCUUAUAAUGUUAAAGAGAGACUUCACAUUAUAGUCCGGUCGUCCAGUCAAAAACGAUGUUUUCAUUUUUGGCACAAAUUCAUCAGACAUUGGAAGAAAGCUAGCCACAUUAGGCAGACGUCAACAUGGACAGGUUGCUUGACAUGCCCUCAUCUUCAAAAAGCCAUGAACAAAACUGUGCAAGGUAAAAGUAAAUACGUCCAAGGCUACUUUAAAUAAGGCUUAUUUGCUUAUUUACCACAACGUGUUUUGUGCUUUCAGUUGGCAGCCUGUUGGCAUGAUAUUUUGUACAAUAAGCAAUUUUGGGACUGUUAUGGAUCAGCACUUCCACUUUAAGUCUGGGUCCUGAAGCAAAACCAUUUGAGAACCACUGCUUUAUAAUAUAAUUGCUGUUUUUGUAGCUAUGUGCAGAGUUCUAGAUCUUGACUGUAACCAUUUCUGCUGUCAUUUGCUUUUAAAAGUCAAAUCGAGCAGGGCCAAUAAUGCAUUUAAAAGCAUGGUUUCAUAAUUAUAGUCACUUGUAACAAGGAGCGUAAUUGCUUUUUCUGUCAUACGGUAUGACUCUUACUUCCUCCUCUAUUUUUUCCCCCACUUAUGAACAUUUAUGUAUCUCUUCAAUAUCUUUAAAAGUUGAAAAAGUAUUUUUGCUUCCAAAUAUAAAAUCACAAGUCAUAAUCUUUCAUAACGGGGCAUUUCUAUAUAAAAUGUUGCUGUGCGUAUGUCUACACCUCCACACACACACACACUCACACACACUAUCACACACAUUGAUCAGAGAGCGAGAUAGUAGCUGUGGGUAUUAAAAGCGAUGUCUCAGCAGCCCUGCACGCACCGGCUCUAUUCUUAUCGCUCUGACGCCACGCACAGCGUCAUCACGCCAUUGCUCCCUCCUCCGCUACGCUGUCCCUCCAUCCCUCCCUCCAGCUCUCUCUAGUAACUGUCUCACGCUCACAAUCUGCUUCCUCCUUCUCAUGUACCUCUCACUCACACACACACUCACACGCUCGUACGUUCUUGUCCUGCUGCUCCUAUUAAUAGAAACCUUUUCUCACACAAUGCUUCCUCCCUGCCGUAAGUUGACCGCACAGAGGUUGCCCCCAGCAACAGUCCAAGCACCUCUGGAAGCGGCUAGAAAAAGUAGUCCAUCACUGCACUCAAGCACUUCCUCUGCCAUAUGUUCUGAGUUACAUCAUGUACUUUUUCAAUCCAUAAUCCAUUUGCGUAUUGCUUUGUCUACAAGCCACUUGUUCUUGUGUUUUUCUUUCCUGCUGAAAAAUCCUGGUUAAGCUAAGUAAAGGGAUAGUUCAUCUAAAAAUUCAAUUUCUUUCAUGUUUGAGUCACUCUCAUGUUGUUUCAAUUCUGUAUGACUCUAUUUCUUCCUUGGAACAAAAAGAGGGUAUGAGGCAGAAUGUUUGCCUUGGUCUCCACUCACUUUCAUUGCAUAUUAUUUUCUUGAAAGUAAACUUUAAUGAAAAUAAAUGGUAAUGGACUUAUCCAGGCUCAAUACAACAAUGAGUUAAGCUCAAUCGACAGAAUUUGUGGCAUAAAAAAUAGUUAUAAUAAUUUUUGGCUAUCCCCUUUUUCUUCAAAAAAGCAAAAAUCUGAGUUACAUUGAGGCACUUGCAAUGGAAGUGAAUGGGGCCAAUCAGUAAACCUUAAAAUACUCACUAUUUCAAAAGUAUAGCCACAAGAGGUAAACUAUAUGCAUGUUAACAUGAUUUUUGUGUGAUAAAAUCACUUACUAACCAUUUCAGUAUAACGUUAUAGCUAAUUUUACAACUGCUUUGCCAUGAUUAUGUAUUGUCAACAAACCCUAAAAUGGCUGUAAACAUAGAGUAUGGCUCAGUGGCUUUAGGAUGAGAUGAGCCAGAAUGACCGGUUGUAUCCUAGGAUGUCCGUAUAAUCUGGAGAAAGCUAUUCAUUAGCAUUCCCAUUCAUCUAAAAGUUAGUUAUGCCAUUUGAAAUCAUCCAUCUUUGCUCAUAGUCUCACAGUUCCCUGUGUUUUUUGAGCCAAUCAGCUGAGCCUUCAAUACCUUCAUAUGACAAGUUACUCUGGAGCUGCAGGAAAAUGAUAUCCUGAUAUGUUGACAGCGUUGAUUGGCUGGUGGCACAAUAAGAACAUACAGAGUCCCAAGCUCUUCACUAGCGACUACCCUGAGCUGUGAUAUGAAAGGCAGAAAAUAUGAGACAUUUUUUCAGGGCCUUUUAAUAAAUGUAAGCACUGUAAAAACAUCUACUUUUUGUGAUUUAUAAGUUGCUUGCAAAACAUUUUUUUCUUUAUUUCAGAAUAAAGUCUGUCAAUGGAUAAAAAUGCUUUUUGGGCACAGAUGGUGUAGUUACAGCAUCUAGCAUCUGAAAAAUGAAAAUCCAUACUGGUACUGACUAGUAAGGAUACUAUGCUUACCAGCCAAACCUUGACACCUUGGUUGUAUCUAGUCCUGUAAUAUAAGACAAAAAGCCCCUAUGACAACAAAUGUAUCUGUGCUGGAUGAAGGAUGUGCCUGUUCCCUGUCUGGACUCAGAAACCUCAUAGGGCACAAAUUAAUCCUCACACAUAUACUGUAAAUCAGUCAUGUUAUGUUUUAUCAUGGUGUUCUUUUGCAUAAAAUAGAAGUAUUUGUAAGGUAUAAAAAAAAAGACAUUAGUAUUUUCCUGUGGAUAGAGUGAAAGUGUCUGCCAAAAUGUGGCAGACCAAAAUGAUGCGCACACAGACAUAACGGCGUCCCAACACAAAAAACUAAGGAAGGAAAUUGGUACUUUAUCUCACCAAAGUGGCAUUCAACUGAUCACAAAAUAUAAUCAGGACAUUACUGAUGUAAAAAAAAAACAGCACUAUCACUAUUUGAAAAAAGUAAUUUUCGAUCAAAUCUAGACAGGCCCCAUCACUCCGACACCUUGUCCUUGAGUAAUCAUACUAAAAUCACUUGCCAUAAUAUGAAACACAGUUGAAAGCUAUUUUGUUAAUUAAAUGACGCUUAACAUUGUCUUUGUGUUUGUUUUUUAGUUGCCACAGUAUGCAAUAGACUGGCAUGUCUUAAGGUCAAUAUUAGGUAAAGAAACUGCUUUCUCUAGAAACUCAUCAGUCAAUAAUUGUUGAUUGGAAUGAAGGCUAUACAAUGCUUGAAAUUGACCAAAAAAACCUUAAGAUUUCAUACAAAGGUGUACACUACAGUCUUCAAAGACAAAGGACAACUGGCUCUUAAAAAGGACAGAAACAGAUGUGGAAGGCAAGAUGUACAACUAAACAAGAGGAUUGUACAUCAGAGUCUCUAGUUUGAGAAAUAGACGCCUCAUGUUCUCAGCUGACAGCUUCAUUGAAUUCUACCAGCUCAACACCAGUUUCAUGUACAACAGUAAAGAGAAGACACAGGGGUGCAGAUCUUAUGGGAAGAAUUGCAAAGAAAAAAACACUUUUGAAACAGAAAAACAAAAAGAAAAGGUUAGAGUGGGCAAAGAAACACAGAUAAUUGGAAAAGAGAUUUAUGGAUCUUAACCCCAUUGAGCUUUUGUGGGAUCAGCUAGACUGUAAGGUGCUUGGGAAGUGCCCGACAAGACAACCACAUCUACGGCAAGUGCUACAGGAAGUGUGGUAAUGGUAGCGUAGUAUCUGGACAAACUGACAGCUAGAAUGUCAAGGAUCUGCAAAGCUGUUAGUGCUGCACAUGGAGGAUUUUUUGAUGAGAACUCUGAAGUAGUUUAAGAAGUUCUGACAUUUUUUUUUUCAAAGUGUAAUAGUAAUUUUUCACAUUAUUAAUGUCCUGACUAUAUAUUGU